GCGCGCCAUGGCGGGCCGGCGCGGGGCGCUGAUCGUGCUGGAAGGGGUGGACCGGGCCGGGAAGAGCACCCAGGGCCGGCGGCUGGUGGAGGCUCUGCGGGCCGCCGGGCACCCGGCAGACCUCCUGCGCUUCCCGGAGAGAUCCACGGAGAUUGGGCGGCUGAUCAGCUCCUACCUGGGGAAGGAGAAGAACCUGGAGGACCACACCGUUCACCUGCUCUUCUCUGCCAACCGCUGGGAACACGUCCCGUUGAUGAAAGAGAAGCUGCACCAAGGGGUCACACUGGUGGUUGACAGAUAUGCCUUUUCUGGAGUGGCUUUCACAAGUGCCAAGGAGAACUUCUGCCUGGAGUGGUGCAAACAGCCUGACAUUGGUCUCCCAAAGCCAGACCUGAUCCUGUUCCUUCAGCUGAGCCCAGAGAAAGCAGCAGAACGAGGGAACUUUGGAAAGGAACGUUAUGAGAACAGCACCUUCCAGGAGAAGGUCCUGCAGUCCUUCUAUCACCUGAUGAAGGAUGAGACAUUAAACUGGAAGACAAUAGAUGCUUCCAAGAGCAUAGAAGACUUGCACAGAGAAAUCAAGUCCAUUGCAGAGGAAACCAUGAAAGAGGCUCAGAACAAACCUCUGGGACAACUUUGGAUAUAAAACUUCAUCUAGAUUUUAGACCUGAGGGAAACCUCACCUCUUGGCUCUUAGUGGGGUGACUCUCCUCCAUCACCUUCCAGCAGCUACAGCUUAGAUCCUGUGUUAUUCCUUUGGAUCCACCACAAUCCUUGUGAUUUCUCUGCUCCUCCUCUCCAGCCUGCACAGUCCCUGCUGGGUUUGAGAAACUGAGAUGCAGUGAGAGUGUGACAAAUCCCUUGGGAAACCUCUCUGCCUCAGGUAGGACCCUCUGGUUCUAGCUCCAAGUCCUGUGGGUGCAGAGCCCAGGGCUGCCCAGCAGCACCAGGCAGGAAACAUGGAAUGACCAUGGUUCCUUGAUUCUUCUGCCUCUCCAGUAAAUCCAUCCCCUCUGCUGAAACCAGUUUGGAGAGGACUUUUUAAUAAAUAUUCUUUCCAACGUGGGGCAUUUGAA